AGAGAGAUUAGAGUUCUUGGAGAGCAUCAACGAGACUGAAUAAAUCUCCUUCCGAAAUAGAUUUCAGGAAAGAUGAAAAGGUACAGAACUACAGAUUUUAAAAUCUCUCAAUGUUGAACUCUUCUUUUCAACAGAUCCUGCUGUAAGUUUCUUCCUCACUGUGGUUCACUUUUUGAUUGGUUAGGACUUAAUUAAAUUGCAUGAAUCAAUUUGAUAGGAUCACAGCUUUUCCCUUUGCUGUGUAAAUAGAUUGUGUUUGUUGUUUGUAUAUUGAAUUAGUAGAUUACGGCUAGAGUAGGAAGGGAUUUGAGCUGAUUUAACACGUCUAAGAAUCUGAACAAGUCCUUAUCUUCAAAAUCUUCGUUGAAAAUUGCUAUGGGCUUGUUCUGUAAUCUUUCUGUAAAUCUCUAUAGGAAAAAAUAGAAAAUGAGAGAAGAUUCUAGUGAUUUUGUUUGGACAAGCGCCGCAAGACUCAAGCCCUGAUGACAUGGAAUGUUACCUGCACAUACUCACAAUUUCUAGCAAGAAAGAACCCUGCUUGUUGUGUAUAUUUGUCAUCCUUCUACAAUGAAACUAUUACCCCUUGUCCCUCUUGUGCAUGUGGCUGCCAGAACAAAAGGAAUUGUGUCAAGAGUGACUCUAAAAUUCUGAGCAUGGUUGGUGUUCACACUCCACAGAAAGACAAUGAACCAUUGAUGCAGUGCACUCAUCACAUGUGUCCAAUAAGGGUGCAUUGGCAUGUGAAGCAAAACUAUAAGGACUAUUGGCGAGUCAAGAUUGCCAUAACAAAUUUCAAUUACAGGAUGAACUAUUCCCUCUGGACUCUUGCAAUUCAGCAUCCAAAUCUCAACAAUGUCACACAAGUUUUUAGCUUUGAUUACAAGCCUAUACUUCCCUAUGCUUCCAUAAAUGACACUGGCAUGUUUUUUGGCAUGAAGAGAGCCAUCAUCAAUCAUGGCUUUAAGUUUGAAGGAAACUUUCUAUAUAUCUCAUGGAUCACCCAUGUUGGCCAUUGAUGAUUCAAUUGAGAUAAGAAAGGUGCUCAAAUCAUGGAAGAACAUCUACCCUCAGACCCCCUCUGCCAUUUUCAUCAUCUCUGCUCAUUGGGACACUCGUGUUCCAUCUGUCAACAUUGUUGAGAGGAAUGACACCAUUCAUGACUUUUAUGGAUUCCCUAAACCUCUCUACCAGGUUUCUUUCCUUUAGAUUCAUUCAUUUCCUUCUUUGUCAUCCUUCUUAUGCAAAGUUUCAUCACUUAAGAAAGACAACACUUUUGUAUACAUGUGUGGACUCAAAGGCAUGGAAAAAGGAAUUGAUGACAUCAUGGUUUCACUUGCUGCCAGAGAUGGCAUUGAUUGGACUGAAUACAAGAGGCAAUUGAAGAAGGCAGAGCAAUGGAAUGUGGAAGUCUACUAAUUUAUAUGAUCACUCUCUGUAGAUAUAAAUCCAUGUUAGUUUUUCUAUGAUCAUCAUGAUUUUCUCCUCCUUCAUGAAACCACUUCAUCAUUUUGAGGGUCAUACAAAUAAUAUAAAUGAAGGCAACAUUGUUUUAUUUAC